UGCAGGGUACUUAAACGUUAGGAAAAUGACUGUCUAAGUGCAAAGAAAUUAUCAUAAUCAACUAUUAUCCAAAACUAGUCAAUUUAGCAGUAUUUUAUCUGAGUGGGAAUUAUUUAAAACAAUUCUGCCAAAUGGAGAAAGAAGAUUCCGCCCCACCUUCUACACCUGUUACAACUAAAAUUGCAAGAGUUUACCAGACAUGUUUAGAUCGAACUGUCCCUCAUCUAAUUCCAAGAUGGGUCGCAUUUUCCGCUCUUUAUCUACUUUAUUUCGUCAGAGUCUACAUACUUAAGGGUUGGUACAUCGUCACAUAUGCACUCGCGAUUUAUCACCUCAACCUAUUCAUCGCCUUCCUUUCUCCAAAGGUGGAUCCGUCAGCUUACAGCGAUGAUUCGGAUGAUGAAGGACCUGAACUACCUACCAAGUCAGGCGAAGAAUUCCGUCCAUUUAUUAGAAGGUUACCAGAGUUCAAGUUUUGGCACUCAGCAGUAAAAGCGAUUCUCAUCGCCACGUUUUGUACGUUCUUUGAAUUAUUCAAUGUUCCUGUCUUCUGGCCCAUCUUAGUGAUGUAUUUUAUCAUUCUAUUUUGUGUCACAAUGAAGAGACAAAUAAAGCACAUGAUAAAGUACCGAUACCUUCCAUUUACCACUGGAAAGACAAAAUACAAGGGCAAGGAAGACACAGGAAAAGUCUUCUCUUCGUAAUCAUGAAAACUGGAUGAUAAUUUAAGACAAUUUUAGUUAAACAGACUUUGCAACAUACGGAUGAAAAGGGUAUUUCCCCUCCUCAUUAAUUUAAGAAAAUUUUAGAUAAACAGACAUUGCAACAUAUGGAUGGGAACGGGUAUUUCCCCUCCUCAAUAAUAAAAAAAAAAACAUUUGAGUUUGAUGGACUUUGCAACAUAUGAAUGCAAAAGUUAUUCUCCCUCCUUGAGAAUUUGAGAAAAUUCAAGGUAAAUAGACUUGUACCAGACGGAUGGAAAAGGGUAUUUCCCCUCCUCAGUAAUUAAAAAAAAAAUAAUGUUCAACUAUUUUUGCAAUGGAACAGACAAUUAUUACACACUAUAUCUAUAUAGAUCGAAUUUU